AUUAAUACUUUUAUAAUGGUUACAAACACGAACACUUCUAAAAUUAGAUUAAAAAAAAAAGUAUUUAUGUUAAAUAUGUUAACAUGGCGUGUAGUCCAGAGUGUAGCGCUACACGACACCCCAUACGUCACGCCCUCUCCCACUUCCCGCGAUCUGCUCACUCACUCAAGAACACUGCGCUCUGCACACGCAUGUGAGAGAGCGGGCCACAAACUUUGAGAGGCACAUAUACAGUAGAUAGAUAAAGGCCAUGGAGGAGAGUAGAGAUGGAGGCAUUGCUAACGGGGAAGCUAUGGAGACAGAGAGCCAGAAAGGGAGCACUGAAAAAAGACCCGAGGCCAGGGAGAAAUGGACCAACAAGACUGAAUUCCUGCUGUCCAUGGCUGGAGAGAUCAUCGGCCUGGGGAACGUGUGGCGCUUCCCUUACCUGUGCUACAAGAAUGGAGGCGGUGUUUUCUUCAUCCCUUAUUUCAUCUUCCUCUUCUUUUGUGGAAUCCCAGUAUUCUUCCUUGAGACGGCAUUAGGUCAAUACACCAGUGAAGGGGGCAUCACUGCAUGGAGAAAAAUCUGUCCCAUGUUUGAAGGUGUAGGUGUUGCCUCCCAAGUUAUAGUCAUUUAUUUGAAUAUAUAUUACAUUGUGGUCCUGGCCUGGGCUCUGUUUUAUCUAUUCAACUCUUUUUGGGGUACUCUACCUUGGACUUCCUGUGACAAUUAUUGGAACACAGUGAACUGCCACAAUAUAAGUGCUGCCUACACAGGUUUACACAGACCUGACGCUGACUGGUCUUUCCUCUACAAUGAAACGGACAAAUAUAGUGACAACUACAGCAUGAGUUUUCAAAAUGAAUCCGAAUUUCCGCCUUUUAAAUUGAUCUCCCCGGAACAAGAGUACUGGUUCCAUCGUAUGUUGCGGGUGGCGAACAGUGGUGGUCUGGGGAGUGUAAAUGCAGAUCUUGCCAUGUGUCUUCUUUUGGCUUGGGUCAUCUGUUAUUUCUGCAUCUUUAAAGGAGUCAAGACCACAGGCAAGGUUGUGUACUUCACAGCUACGUUCCCCUACUUAAUGCUGUUCAUCCUUUUCAUCAGAGGAGUGACUCUGCCAGGAGCUGCAACUGGAAUUACUUAUUAUCUGUAUCCUGAUAUCAGUAAACUCUCUAAUCCUGAUGUGUGGCGUGAUGCAGGCACUCAAGUGUUUUUUUCUUAUGCAGUGUGUCAAGGAGUCCUAACAGCGCUGGGCAGUUAUAAUAAAUAUAACAAUGACUGCUACAAGGACUGUAUAGCACUCUGUAUUCUGAACAGCUCCACAAGCAUCUUUGCUGGAUUUGUUGUCUUUUCUAUUCUGGGGUUCAUGGCACAUCAGUUAGGUUUACCCAUGGAAGACAUAGCAUCAUCAGGUCCUGGACUAGCUUUUAUAGCAUAUCCUAGAGCCCUCUCUCUGUUACCUGGACCCCAGUUCUGGUCUGUUCUUUUCUUUUUUAUGGUACUUCUUCUGGGCCUUGACAGCCAGGUACAGUUGUUCAACAUCACAUGUGCAAACCGUUUCUAUGACAACAUUGAGGAUAUGAUAGGAUACGCACCAUUCCCUGUGCUGAAGUACUGCUGGCUCUUCAUUACCCCUCUCAUCUGUGCUGCAACUCUGCUGUAUAACCUGAUGGGUAGUAAAUCUCUGUCUUCCGCUGAUCAAUUUGUGCCGGACUGGAGUUACAAGUUGGCACCUUUGCUCACACUCAUUCCUAUGGUUUGCAUCCCAGUCUUCUUGUUCAUCUCUUUAGGAACGGUUUCUGUGAUGGGGAAGACUGGGCAGAGCACGGUGGACCUCAACUCACCCUCAGAUGUGAAGCAGGCUGUCCCAUUUGAGGACCUGGAUCACAACAGUGUUCCUGUAGAAGAGGAGAAGGAGAAUAAAGUACCAGAUAGAGGAUCUUGGAAGGGAAAAUUUGACUUUCUACUGUCCUGCGUUGGAUACGCCAUUGGGCUGGGAAAUGUGUGGCGAUUCCCUUAUCUAUGUGGAAAGAAUGGAGGAGGAGCUUUUCUCAUCCCAUACUUCACUACUCUGGUCUUUGCUGGUAUUCCACUGUUUCUGCUGGAGACGGCAUUAGGACAAUACACGUCAGUGGGGGGGUUGGGAGUAUGGAAAUUAAUACCCAUGAUGAAAGGUGUGGGUCUAGCUGCUGUAGUUUUGUCCUUCUGGCUUAACAUCUAUUACAUCAUCAUCAUCGCCUGGGCUCUCUAUUACCUCUUCAGCUCUUUCAAAGCAGAGUUACCAUGGCAAACAUGUGAUAACCCUUGGAACACUGAUCGCUGCUUUUCCAACUACAGUCUGCUGGACACCACCAACCUGACCAGUGCUGUCACUGAGUUCUGGGAGAGGAACAUGCAUCAGUUAACAAACGGUUUGGAGGAACCAGGGGAAUUGCGCUGGCCGUUGGUUGGAACGCUAGCGUUGUCUUGGAUUCUUGUCUAUUUCUCAAUCUGGAAAGGAGUGGAGUGGACAGGGAAGGUGGUCUAUUUCUCCGCCACGUAUCCUUACUUCAUGCUCUUUAUUCUGUUUUUCCGUGGAGUCACUCUCCCUGGAGCGAUAGAUGGCGUCCUCUUCUAUAUCACCCCAGACUUCAACAAGCUUUUGAAAUCUGAGGUGUGGUUGGAUGCUGCCACGCAAAUCUUCUUCUCUUAUGGUCUUGGUUUAGGUUCUCUUAUUGCUCUGGGCAGCUACAACUCUUACAACAAUAACGUCUACAGAGAUUCUGUCAUUGUGUGCUGUAUAAACUCCUGCACCAGUAUGUUUGCUGGGAUAGUCAUAUUUUCCAUUGUGGGCUUUAUGUCGUACAUCACAAAGAGACCCAUUGAAGAACUGGCUGCCUCAGGUCCUGGUUUGGCAUUUCUGGCUUAUCCACAAGCUGUCACACAGCUUCCCAUGUCUUCUCUCUGGGCUAUUCUCUUCUUCUCAAUGCUCAUGAUGCUGGGAUUGGACAGUCAGUUUUGUACAGUGGAAGGCUUCAUAACUGCUCUAAUGGAUGAAUAUCCCACAGUCCUGAGGAAGAGAAAGAAACUCUUCAUCCUCAUGGUCUGUAUUAUAUCCUUCAUCAUCGGUUUCUCCAACAUCACCCAGGGCGGUUUAUAUGUGUUUAAAUUGUUUGACUACUACUCGGCCAGUGGAAUGUGUCUCCUGUACCUGGUCUUUUUUGAGACAAUCUCCAUUUCCUGGUUUUACGGUGCAGAGAAAUUCUAUAAAAAUAUCGAAGACAUGAUUGGUUAUCGGCCUUGUGGCUUUUGGAAAUAUUGCUGGACUUAUUUUACUCCAAUAAUCUGUUUGGGUGUUUUCACAUUUAGUGCCAUAGAAAUGACUCCUCUGAAACUAGGGAAGUAUGUGUACCCGACCUGGGGUCAGGGCAUCGGCUGGCUAAUGUCCCUCUCUUCCAUGGUUUUGAUUCCUGCAUAUAUCAUCUAUAUGUUCUUCACUACUAAAGGCAGCAUUCGACAGCGUUGGCAUAAGAUGACCAAGCCCACAGAACCCACAACAUCGGAAAUCAGUGAUUCCACACAACAAUCCACACGUAUAGGAAGUACAGAUGAAGCUUCUGUCUGACAUCUUGUUUUUUUUUUUUUUUUUUUUUUUUGUGCAAUGGCCAUUAAAGACCAGUGGCUAAAUAUCUUUUCCUCCAUUCCAUUCUUUUUGUCUGUUGGAGAGCCUAUAACAGAUGGAAGCGGACUACGCACAUGUUCAUCGGUUUUCUCCCUUUUUAUUUUAUUUCAUGGCUCUCUGAUCUUGCAUCACGUAACAUGAUGGGCCUGCAGACCCGUGUCUGUCUUCAGUGGAAAAAACAAUUUCAGUCACAGCAACAAUGUCAGUGAUCAGUAUAAAUGUAAAUGCAACCCAGGCAGUUGAUUGGAAGAUCUACAUAACUGUUGCAUUCCUGUGCUAUAUUAAAUUCCUCACAGUAUGUACCUCAAGCUGGGGAGUGAAUGCAUGUAUUUAGUGGUCUAAUUUAUUUAACAAAAUUUACUUCAGGAAAUCUUGUCCAUUUUUUUUUUUUUUUUUUUUUUUUUAAAUCAGCAUUAAAAUUUUAGGUUAUAUGAAUGUAUAAGAAAGAUGGCAUAUAUUUUUAAACAUCAUUUCUUUUUUCACCAUUUUAAUCACCUUUUGCCUUUACUAGCUCAUUUUAUAUGUCCCUGUGUUCUGAAAAAAUUUGCAUUACAACUACAGUAUUUAUGUCUUUGAAAUAUGAUGUGAUAAAGAUUAAUGCAUAAUAAUCAUAAAGGAAUUAGAAAAGUUCUGUUCUCUUAAACUAGAUUCAGAUAAGCAUUUGUAUGUCAUACUGUAACAUUUAUCAGCUUCACAAAAGUAAGUGGUUAAGGUCUCAUGAAACCAAUGCGGUAUCAUAUAAGACUGAAAUGAAAAUCUAUUACUUGACAGAUAAUAAAAUUAGCUUGAAAAACUUCAGCAUAGUGAUAUGCUCAUGUAAAUGAGUAAUUUUUCAAUUUUUCAUCUUACACCUGUACUUACAAAAGCUCUAAAUGUUUUUUUUUUUUUUUUUCUGUGAAAUGUGAGGUUCUGGGUUUUGUGCAUCAGUUGUGGGAUGCCAAUAUUGUUUUAAUCAAAUUCAAAACAAGAAGAUAGUGUAUCCACACAUUGAUUUCCAUUUGCUACUGUAUAUUAAAGUUCAUAAUUUACAUUACAGUAUUAGUGUUAAAAUAGUAAGAGCUAAGUGAUGCUAAUGGACAUAACUCUUUAUAAGCAUGCUUGUAAAUACAUGUUGUUAGUAUUAUUUACAUAUUGUAAUUAAUUGUACUUACAUGUAGUAUGUGUGGCAUAUAACCGACAAUGUGUUACAGCAGACAACAUAUUUAAUUUGAAAUAACUGAAUACAUGGCUAUGGGAAAUAGAACAGUCUGUAAAAUCCAUUCAACUCCCAAUGAUUCAGUCAAUAUGUUUUUCCAUUUUUUUUUUUUUUUUUUGUAACAC